AUGGUCAACGUUGGUAGCGCCGCGGACCCCAUCGUCACCCGCCUCGUCGAGGAGGACAAGACGCCAUGGUACAAGAAGCCCAAUCUGCGUCUUAUGUACGUCUGGUUGUUCUUCUGCUGUAUGGGUGUUGAGAUGACUUCUGGUUUCGAUUCGCAACUCAUCAACACCCUCCAGUACUCUCAAAACUUCCACCACUAUCUCGGCGACGGACGAAAGAACGAGGAAGGCAAGUGGGCCAUCGAACCAGGUCUGCUCGGCUUUGUCAACUCUUCCUACCAGCUCGGCUCUAUCUUUGCGGUCCCAUUUGCGCCUUGGUUCGCUCAGCGAUUCGGCCGAAGAUGGUCUAUUAUGCUUGGUUCUCUGAUUAUGGUUGGCGGUGCUAUCAUUCAGGGAUUCGCCCAGCACGUUGGUAUGUACAUCGUCGCUCGUAUGAUUCUUGGAGCUGGAAUUCUCUUCUGUAUUAUCUCUGGUGCUGCCCUCAUCGGUGAGCUGGGAUAUCCCAAGGAGCGUGCUGUCCUCACAUCUCUUUUCAACUCGUCCUACUACAUCGGUCAGAUUCUCGCCUCUGCUAUCGCUCUGGGCACAACUCCCAUCACCACCAACUGGUCAUGGCGUCUGCCUUCUCUGUUGCAGAUCGUCCCCUCACUGAUUCAGAUCUCCACCGUCUUUCUCCUCCCCGAGUCUCCUCGUUUCCUCGUCUCCAAAGACCGCGAAGAAGAAGCCGCUCAGGUCCUCAUCAAGUACCACGCCGAAGGCGAUGCCAGCUCCCAGCUCGUCCAGGCCGAAAUUGUUCAGAUCCGAGAGACCAUCAAGGCCGAGAUGGAAGCCUCCAAACAAUCCUGGCUCGAGGUUGUCCGCACCGCCGGUAUGCGUCGUCGAUUCGUUGUCACCAUCUUCAUCGGUCUCUUCACCCAGCUUUCCGGCAACACUCUCCUGAGCUACUAUUCCGGUGUUCUCUUCGGCAUGAUGGGUUUCACCGACGACUACACAAAGACUCGAAUCAACCUCGCCUAUGCUUGCUGGAGUUUUCUCAACGCUACUAUCAUUGCUUUGAUCGUCACUCGCUUCAAGCGUCGACACAUGUACAUGCUUUCCGCUACGCUCAUGCUGUGCGCUUUCAUCGGCAUGACAGUAUCUCUUGAGAGAAUUCAAGCUAUCCCCGAGGGCACGAAGAAUAAUGCUCCUGGUAUUGCCGCUCUGUUUUGGUACUUUGCUUACUCACCAACCUACGCCAUCGGAAACAACGCUCUCACAUACACCUACCUGGUUGAACUUUGGCCCUACGCGAUGCGAAGCCGUGGUAUCGGUGUUCAGCAGAUCUUUGGAAAGCUCGCCGGUUUCUUCUCCACCAACGUCAACUCCAUUGCUCUCGAUGCUAUCAAGUGGCGAUACCUGGCCAUUUACUGUGGUUGGAUCUUCUUCGAGUUCUGCAUCAUCUACCUUCUCUAUCCCGAGACCAGUGGCCGAACCCUCGAGGAACUUGCAUUCCUUUUCGAGGACGAGGAACUCAAGGAGAGGACCGUUGCUGCUGUCGAGAAGCAGAUUCACUUUGGAGACUCAAAGGCAGACGAACAACAGACUCAAGUGCAAACCCGCGAGGUUGUUUGA